GCUGGCAGUAGUAGUGCGUUGCAUAAGCGCAUGGGCAGACGUGUAUUUGAGACCUGUAGCUGUGGAGCAUCAACUCCAACGGAUCUCAUAUCUGGAACUUGUGACUUCAUUUUCGCAUGAUUUACUGCGUCUUUUUGCAAGGACUUGCAAGUGCAUGCAAUAGGCUUUAUCGUUUGGUCUAGAUGCUACCCAAAAAACUACACCCGUACGUACAGUUCGAUCAAUGUGAUCUAGACCAUAGCCAGCCAACCUACAUGGUCUGGUAAUUUGUUUAUGGAAGGUAUCCUGGCGUAGAGGCUGACAUUAUUUUAGUUUCAGCGCAUAACUAGGCAAACAUUUCGUGUGAUGGGACUCUCCAAACUCUGAAGAAGUGUCACUGAAGUGGGAAGACUGGGAAAACGAGAGGACUAGAGGAGAAAGAUGGAGCCCAUAUCUUUAGAUGGGGCUGCAACGGUGGAGGAGCUGGUGGAAGCGUGCAUCCAAGCCUUCAAUGAGAAGGGCACUUUGAAGGACCCCUCCGUAGUGCGCAUGUUCCUCAUGAUGCACCCGUGGUACCUCCCGUCCACCGACAUGGCUAAGAAACUACUGCUCAAAUCGCAGGAGGAGAGCUGUUCUGCUGAACGCAGGACAAGAAUCUGCCACCUGGUGAAGUACUGGAUUUCGGAGUUCCCGGCAGAGUUCAAUCUGAACCCAGAACUGGCAGAGCAGAUUAAAGACCUCAAGGACCUAUUGACCACUGAGGGGAAUGAGCGCCAGAGUCAGCUCAUCGACAUCGACAGUGUACCGUCGUACAAAUGGAAGCGUCAGGUGACCCAGCGGCAACCCUCUAUGUCCAAGAAGAGGAAGAUGUCUCUGCUGUUUGACCACCUGGACUCCUGUGAGCUAGCCACACACCUCACCUACCUGGAGUACAAGUCAUUCUGCAAGAUACUGUUCCAGGACUACCACAGCUUUGUGAUGCAUGGCUGCACGGUGGACAACCCCAUCCUGGAGCGCUUCAUCACCCUGUUCAACAGUGUGUCUCAGUGGAUCCAGCUGAUGGUGCUCAGCAAGCCCACCGCCCCCCAGAGGGCUGCUGUCAUCUCCCACUUCAUCAGGGUGGCUCAGAAACUGCUCCAGCUUCAGAACUUCAACACUCUGAUGGCGGUGGUGGGGGGGCUCAGUAACAGCUCUAUAUCUCGCCUCAAAGACACCCAGUCACACAUCAGCAACGAGACCAACAAGGUGUUCAACAGCCUGAUCGAGUUAGUGACGUCUUGUGGGAACUACAGCCAGUACCGCCGCCGCUUCUCCGAGUGCACAGGCUUCCGCUUCCCCAUCCUGGGCGUGCACCUCAAGGACCUGAUUGCCGUGCAUGUGGCGCUGUCCGACUGGGCUGACCCGGGCAAGAGCAGGGUCAACCUGACUAAGUGUCAACAGCUGUAUGCCAUCCUCCAGGAGCUGGCGCUGAUCCAGACCACACCGCCCACCAUUGAUUCCAACACUGACCUGCUCAAUCUACUCACAGUGUCUCUGGACCAGUACCACACUGAGGAGGAGAUCUACCAGCUGUCUCUACAGAGAGAGCCACGCAGUGCUAAACCAGCAAACUCUGGCCCUGCCCCCGCCCCAGCUCCCGCCCCCAAGCCCUCUAUGAUUGACGAGUGGGCAGCGUCGGUGAAGCCCAAAGCAGACCCUGCGGUCAUCAACAAACACAUAGAGAAGAUGGUGGACUCUGUCUUCAAGAACUUUGACACGGACGGGGAUGGUCACAUCUCCAGGGAAGAGUUUGAGAUCAUCAGGGACAACUUCCCCUACCUCAGCAAGUUUGGAGAACUGGACAAGAACCAAGAUGGGAAGAUCAGCAGAGAGGAGAUGAUUGACUAUUUCAUGAAGGCCAGCUCUCUGCUCAACUGUAAGAUGGGCUUCAUCCACACCUUCACAGAGACCACCUACGUCAAGCCCACCUUUUGUGAACACUGCACUGGCUUUAUAUGGGGCUUCUACAAACAGGGAUACAAGUGUAAAGCUUGUGGAAUUAACUGUCACAAGGCGUGUCAAGGUCGUCUGGCGGUGGAGUGUCGUAAACGGACCAAGAGCAUUAGCCACGAGCACGCACCCUCUCUCCAGGCACGCUCCUACAGCUUCCCCCCUCCGGCCAACAGCCCACCCAGCCUACAGAACACAGGUGGACUCCAAUCAAGUUGUAGAAACAUCUCAAGGAUGAUCAAUGGAAACAGGAUGCACCUGAGCUCAAUUUCAGGUCUCAUAACAAAGGGUCUGAAUACUUAUUCUGCAUUCAGCCUAACACAGCUGGGAGGAAACAACAGAAGAUGUGAGCCAGAAGCAUAGCCUACUAUGGCGGCCUUAGUGCUGGAGUCUGUUCAGAAGGGUGCAAUCUGUCAACAGACAUGAUUCCCUCUUCUAUAUGACCGACAAUCAGAUCUCCUCUACGUAAUGGAUUUCUGAGUCUGAACAUUGCAUGUAGAAAUGUAAUGAAUAGAGUAGACGCGAUUCCCUCUUCUUUGACAGACAAUCAUGUCUGCUCUUUUCAUUCCAUUUCUAUAUGCAACGUUCAGACUGUCUCGGAUAGAAAUCCAUUGUGUAGAAGAGGGACUGGUGUAAGCUCUUCAUUCCAUUUCUAUCUGCAAUGUUCAGCGUGUUUCACAUCACUGACUGAACACCCCUGGUGAGACUUCCAGAGAGAGAGAAGAAAUUGCACUGAACCCAACACAGGAUACAGACAUGCUGUCACAUCGUGGACAAAAACUGCAACUGCAUAUCUUCAAGCACUCUACUUCUUCCUCUGUGUAUCUCAACUCCCUUUAAACAAGUGAAUGUGAUUUGACGAGAAUAUCUUUCUAUGUUAAAUCUGCAUUUUAGAUUCUGGAUAUGGGCCCAUUUUUUCAUCUCUUACAUAGUUUUAAGCACUGAAUAUAGAAAAAAAUCCACAAAAUUGUAUUUUCAGGGUAGAGAUGUCAUUGGGUUAGUGUAAUGUUAUUGCCUCCAAGUUUCAGUGGUGUUGUGUUUUCAGUGCAUUUAGCUGUACAUUAUUCUAAAUUACUAACCUAAAUGUCUCUCCAAAAUACGUGCUGUUGUUGCCAAGAAAGAAUGUAUAGGCUAGAUGCCACCCGGACUUCCGUCUUUCUGAGAAAGCUUUGCUUUUGUCUUAGUCGUUUGUCAUCUUGUUGAUUUUAGUGAAUGGUAUGAGAGAAAUUUCAAACAGCCAUGUGUUCGAUGUCCGAGAUGAAAUAUUUCAGCUCCCGAUCUAACUGUUGACUGCAUUCCUGGAUUGGGAAUCUCACUUGGAUCUAUCUUGACAGCAACAAUAUCAACGACCCAAAUGGACUGUGGGAAAACUCCAGAAUUUGAAUAUUAUUUUAAUGCUGACGUAUUUCCCGCCCUCCUGUUACCUGAAUAUUAAUGACUGUUCUAUGGUAAUUUGACUGUGGUGCGUAAAGCAUGGUAUGUGGUUAUUAUGGUCUGUCUCGGUGCAUGGGCCACUGUACCUUUCCUCUCUGUAACUUUGGAUGUAGUUUGAAACAGUGAAUAUUAUAUAUAUAGUCCUGAGAUUUGAACUCUAUUUUAUGAGACAUGUUAAAGCCUGUAUUUUUAUCCUUCUGAGACCCAGUAAAAAAAAAUGAUGGAUGGAUGGAAAAAGGGGUGUUUUGUGGGGGUGUACAAAGAAAAUAAUUUGAACAAAUAUUGUUUAUUUGAUGUGCACUGUAGUGGAUGUAAGCGGGUGAUAGUAAAUAUGGAACAGUACAGUAAGUGAAGAGCAUAGUUUUGAUGUCCACUACAGAGGACUUUAAUGAACACGCUCUUAUUGUUUCUUUUCUUUUUUUUUAACCAAGGAGAGAAAGUUGCAUGUGAUAUCAUUGAAACUCCCAUAACGUCCUCUCAAAGGUAGAACCGCACAUAAAGUAACUGACCUGUGAUUCCAGAUUUGUAUGAAAUGUGACCUAUGAUUAAUUACAAUAUGAGUCAAAUAGUUUACCGUAAAUUAAAAAAAAAAAAAUGUAAUUAAGAAUGUUUAAAAUAAGCUUUUUUGUGUUCGAAUGGUGUGGCCGUUUACCCGGUCAUAAAAAAAAAAUAUGAUGAACAUAGAUCGCUGAUUGGCCAGCUCAUCUUCCGCUGGUGUAUGACAAUCAUACGCUGAGGAAAUAACAUGCAUUUAAAAAAAAAAAAAUGUUUUGUUUGAGAUACAAAUUUUUUUAAAUGUGUUUUUUAUUUUUUUUAUUUGUACAAUUUAUGCUUUGGCUACAUAGGAGUAUAGGACAAGUCAGCUACAUUAUUUGGGUUUGAGUUAACAGAAUAUGAACUUUCAAAUGUUUUUAACAUGUAUGGCCUCCGAGAUAAGGACCAAAAAUGAAUGUCCAGUAAGAGUGGAUAAAAAUGAAUUGCUAGGCAUUAGGAGGAUAUCAAAUAUGCUUCUGAUUCCAUCGAGGUGAUCCACUCUUGCCAAAUGUCUUUUCUGUGUAUUUUUAUGUAGCACGCAUAUAUAUCUUCUUUUUCUUUUAUGGCAAUAUGAAAUCCUAUAGGCGAGUGUCCUAAAUGUAGUAGUUUGGGGUCUAUAAGAGCCCUACAGUGGAGGUGUCAUAAUAACAAUCAAACCUAGUGGUCAACAGAGAAAUUUGUUUUUCCCGCCAUACAAUUUUUCCCAAAGGGGAUUUUAGAAACGCUUCAAAUAAGGGUCAGGUUUCGUGUAGGCUCACCCUGGUGUGAUGUGUUGAUAACCGUGUAAAUAUCUCCUGGACAAGGUGACUUUUGUCAAUUAUAUUUGGCUCUAUUUACUCUUGUAUUUGAAAAAUACUAAUUAGCGACAAAGUAGACAUGCAAAACUAAAAAUCCUUUCAAGCUCCUGCACGUCAUCUCUAGCUGACACCUUUGCUAACAGGUAUUGAGUCAAUUUAAGACUCACACAAGACAGUUCACAUAAUUGUCCACAUAAAGAAAUGUAGCCAAUGUAUUAAUUACUAAAUGUUAGCUAACAUUAGAUAGUUCAUCCAGAGAUUUUUUUACCUUUGCCUUGAUUCGCGGCAGUCUUGUCCAGAUCAUCAUGGCCUUGUAGUUCUUUUAUGAUAGCCACAUUAGCAGCUAAUUAGCAUUUCAUUUUUGGGGAGUAAAUACAGGUGAAUAUUUUUUUAUUAAAGUCACCUUGUCCUAGAGAGAUUUACACAGUUGUCAAAACGUCACGCUAGGGUAAGCCUACACAAAACACAGCCCCUAUUUUAAGUGUUUUUAAAAUACCCUUUGGGGAAAAAUGAAUGGUGGAAAAACAAUUGGAACCAUUAACCUGUUUGACUGCUAGGUUUUCUGGGUAGUAUGACUCAUACCCUCUGAGGAAUACGAGUUUGAGUCCCCCAUUGUCGGCUGCUUUGUACCUUUGAAUGAAGUUCUUCCUCUGAAUUGCUUUCAUUAAUACUGAAUAGUAAAUCCUGCUUCUUUCCACAAAACCAAACUUCCAACCUGCCCUUGUCAGUCUGUCCUGGACAAGGUUCUCCAUUGUUACCGUAAGUGAAUGAAUGAACACUUUAAACUGAUAUCAUGUAAGUAAUUCUUUGGAUAUAUAUCAGCUUUUUCUUAGUAUAGCGAUGCAUUCCGCAUUUAACACUAUGUUUUAAAUAAGGAUUUACAACAUGACUAGCAGCACUGCUACCCAAUAAAGCAUUGUCUCUUUCUGUG